AUGGACUGGGUUUAUAACGCACCAGUUGACAAUCAACGUUCACCGAUCGAAAAUCUGAAUGGUGACUGGGUACGUAUUCUCUGCGAAUUCGGUGAUCUCAUCCUGAUACCGGCUAACACGUCUUCGAUCGGACGCAACACACAGAAUUUCGUCAAAAUGCGCAGAUUCUACAAAGAGAACGAUCAGUAA